AUGAAAGACUUCAUCUCUCGCUUUGGCCAAAUCGACAGCGACGGUCAGCCAUACCUCUCGAGCUCCCGGCAGUCCAUCAUCACCUCCCUCCUCUCCGCUGGGACGUUUAUUGGCGCGCUCGCACAGGCGUACACCUCCGACCGCUUCGGCCGGCGGGGUUCUAUUCUCAUCUGGUCGGGGAUAUUCACCGUUGGCACCGUCAUUCAGACGAGCACAAUCCAUUCAAUUGCCCAGAUUACCGUUGGCCGAUUCAUUGCCGGCCUAGGAGUUGGUGCUCUGUCAGCCAUCGUGCCGCUUUACAAUGGAGAAACUGCCCCGAAGGCGAUGCGCGGCAUGCUCCUGGUCUUGUAUCAGAUGCAGAUCAUUAUCGGAAUCUUCAUCAGUUACGUCAUUGACCUUGGAACGCACCAUCUUAACGGACCCGCAUCAUGGCGCAUUCCCGUCGGUCUGCAGAUGCUCUGGGGUUUCAUACUCCUGUCAGGCAUCUUCUUCCUGCCCGAAUCACCCCGUCACUUAUUAGGUCAAGGCCGCGAGGAGGAGGCCCGGAAGGUCAUUGCGGAGCUCAACAGCGUCGAGGUAGACGACCCGGUUGUGCUCGAGACGAUCGAGGACCUCGAGUACGGCAUCAAGGCAGAGAACGAGGGCGGGAAGGCGACGUGGCUAGAGUGCUUCUCGACGCGCAACAUGCUGUGGAAGCGCACCAUCAAUGGCAUGAUGCUCCAAUUCAUACAGCAGCUGAACGGCCAGAACUUCUACUAUUAUUACGGUGACACUUUUUUCUCGAGCGCUGGUACUUCACUCUCUCCAUACGCCAUACAAACCAUCCUGGGCGGUGUAUCUGUCGCUGGCACGAUCCCCGCGCUGUACCUCAUCGAGACCUGGGGUCGCCGCAGGUCCCUCCUCACCGGCGCCCUCCUCGAAGCACCAUGCGCGAUUAUCGCUGCCCUCGCGGGGCACUUCAUGCUCGCCAAAACCGGUACGCCCGACAGCCAGCUCACGUCGCGGAAUCGCACGGGUGGGGAUGUCCUGAUCGCCUUCGGUAUCCUACAAGUUUUCGCAUAUUCUCUCUUCUGGGGACCGACGCCAUGGGUGUAUCUUGGCGAGAGCUUCCCGCUGCGCGUCCGCUCCAAAUGUAUCGCACUAGGCAGCGCGACCAACUGGAUCUGGAACUUCCUCCUCAGCUUCUUCGCGCCGCGCAUCGCCUCGGACAUCGGGCCGCUGAUUCUGCUCAUCUUCUUCGGGAUGCUGCUUUUCGGGUUCGUUUACGUGUACCUAUUCAUCCCCGAGACGAAGGGCCUUUCGCUCGAGGAGGUUGACGAGCUGUACCGCGCAAACGUCGCGCCGUGGCAGUCGGCCGGCUGGCGCCCGACCGAGAAGCACCUUCACGACAAGGCGCCAGAGGCGACGGAGGUGCGGGAGGUGCGGGAGAAAACCGAGAAGGGCGAGGUUAUCGACGGGGAGAGCGUGUGA